AGCUGCAAAACAUUGAAUUUCGCCUGACAGGAUUACAUUUUACACUUUAUAGUCACUUCUUAUUAGCGCCAUCAAAGUUAGGUCUAUAUUUAACAAUGCUCGAUCAGAUGCACGUGAUAAUUUAUGGCUAUAUACAGUCAACAGAUGGCUGGAUGCUUGAAUAAUACACAGUCACACCGUCCGCAUAGGCAGCGUAAACUGCAUGUUUUUUUUAGUGUAGGACAGAUUAUGCGUUCGCUUUAAGGGGUGCGGCGACGCCGAUGCUCGGUUGGCGAGGAAGUGCGUUCUGUUACACGCAGGAGGACUGUGGCAGAGGACGGUUGGAAAUUAUGUAGCUAGAUUGUGAAACCGUAACAUACAGUUACCGAUCCCUGGCUUGUUACCGGAGAAACACCAUCUAACACUCAAAGCUUUGUAACGGCGAAGACGUGUAGUUGGCUUGAAGAGGCUGAGGGAGUGCAGGGGAGAGAACACGAAAAGUGAGAGAGAGAGAGGGGGGACCAAAUCCAGCAAACAGAGAGUGCCACUGCAUCAGUCAUCUCCUCAUCCUGCUGAAGGAGAGACAAACAGCCACAGUUCUGCCCCUGGCUAGGUGCAUUGGACAUCAGCAGCGGGGUGCAGCAGAGCCCUUGGGGCGAGCGGGUGCAGGUGCGGUCCGGAGGCGGGCACCAUGCUCAGGGCGUGAGCGCGGCGGCUGCAGUGGUGGCGGCAGUAGCAGUGGCGAGAGGAGAGGCCAUCAGACGCGGCACCCUGUGGGAGGCGAGGGGGGCCACCAGGCAGCAGCGGCCAUGAAGCUGAAACAGCGCGUGGUGCUCCUGUGUGCCGUGCUACUCCUGCUGGGCCUGGCCAAGGUGUUCCUGUUGGAUGGCGGCGAGGGUUCGGCGGCCAGCCGGCGCGACCUGCGCGCCUUCCGCAAGAUGGAGGCCGGCCUGGUGCUGGAGCGGAGCGCCCGGCUCACGCACACGCUGCAGUCGCCCUGGGAGGUGGCGGCGCAGUGGGUGGGGCCGCGUGAGGUCUACCCGGACGAGACGCCCGAGCUGGCGGCCGUGCUUAACGCCCUGGCCAGCGCGCGCCUGGAGAGGGCCGACGUCGGGUACAAAGGCACCCAACUCAAGGCUCUGCUGGUGCUGGACGGCGGACAGAAGGUGGUCUUCAAGCCCAAGAGGUACAGCAGAGAUUAUGUCGUAGAAGGAGAGCCUUAUGCUGGCUAUGAUCGACAUAAUGCAGAAGUAGCUGCCUUUCACCUGGACAGGAUCCUAGGAUUCCGAAGAGCACCCCUGGUGGUGGGGAGGUUUGUGAACCUGCGCACGGAAAUCAAACCCGUGGCAACCGACCAGCUCCUCAGCACCUUCCUCAUGCAAGGGAACAACACGUGUUUCUAUGGGAAGUGUUACUACUGCCGAGAGAGUGAGCCGGCGUGCGCGGAGGGCGAGGUGAUGGAGGGCUCUGUGACCCUUUGGCUCCCAGACGUGUGGCCCCUGCAGAAGCACCGGCACCCCUGGGGCCGCACCUACCGCGAGGGCAAGCUGGCCAGGUGGGAGUAUGACGAAAGCUACUGUGAAGCGGUGAAGAAGAUGCCCCCGUACGAUGCCGGCCCGCGGCUCCUGGACGUCAUCGACACGGCCAUCUUCGAUUACCUGAUCGGCAACGCCGACCGUCACCACUAUGAGAGUUUCCAAGACGACGGCGGAGCCAGCAUGCUCAUUCUGCUGGACAAUGCCAAGAGUUUUGGAAAUGCAGCUCUGGACGAAAGAAGCAUUCUGGCCCCGCUGUAUCAGUGUUGCAUGGUGCGCGUGUCCACGUGGAACAGGCUGAACCUGCUGCUGGGCGGGGCCCUGAGUGCGGACAUGCGCCAGGCCUCAGGGAACGACCCCAUCGCCCCCGUGCUGGCCGAGCCCCACCUGGCCGCCCUGGACCGCCGCCUCGUGGCCGUCAUCGCCACCGUGCGCCAGUGCAUGGAGACGCAGGGCCCCGACAACACGCUCAUCGAGGACCGCAUGAAUCUGCCGCACCCUUAGAGAGGAAGAGAUGGGGAGGGGGAGGGGGAGGGAGGGUGGCAGUGGAGUAAUUGUAGGACCAAAGGGAGUGAAUGACUGGUGCUGGUGACCAGUGCUGACACUGCAGGGUGUGGCAGCAGACUUCCUGUGGCAGGGAGCAGGUCCCCAGGACUCCCAACAUGCGGCGAAUGCGAACGCUCGCCAUGCUGUCUGUUACCAUGGAGACCAACCACACCAGCCAGCAGACGGUCAAAACGGACAACUCGGAAACGUUUUGCUGGUGUCAGCGUGGUGCUGCUGUUGAUUCUGCUCACUGUCGUUCCUCCUGUUCUCUCUCUCUCUCUCAAAAUCCUUCUCACCCAAGCAGAAGCAGGUGCCAAACACUACACAGUGGGAUUCUCAAGAAUCGAGUCAUCCCAUGGCCAUAACAUGAUACUAAGACUCAGGACGUUUGUUAAAUAGAGCGGGCUGUGUGUGUGUUGUUUGUAUAUGUGUGUGUGAGUGCGUGUGGCAGUACAUCUCAAACAGAACAAAAUUCAACUUUAACCUGACCUACAGUGACCCCGGCGUGAGGACACACCAGUCAUGUGGCACCAACACAAGAAUCGCCAGACGUGUUAGAGAAAGUCCUCUCUCCUUGGCCAUGCUCACUCAGAUUGUUGUACAUAUACAAAAACUACUUGUUGAAAGAUAAUAAUGACAAUGAUGAUUUAAUGCUAUUAUUAAAGUAAGGAUUAUACAUGGAUUAUAAUAUUUAAAAGAAAAAGAUCCCUAAUUUAGCUGUGAGGUGUAAAUGCUGAGCUGUAUAUAUUGGGGUUUUACCGGUGGGUUGUAUGGCAGGUGAGUAUGCUACUGAUGUUUUGUGGAGGGGUGGGUGGUGCGGAAUGAGGCAAGGGACGAUUUGAGAGACAUAAGGGCUGGACAGACCUUUUCAUCAUUCACAAAUAAAAAUAUUUAAAUAUUA